UGCUUCUCUCCGCAGGAUGUGUCCACUCUGACGCCGCUCUCUCCAGAGAUCAUCAGCAGACAGGCCACCAUCAAUAUUGGCACCAUCGGUCAUGUGGCCCACGGAAAGUCCACAGUAGUGAAGGCCAUCUCUGGAGUUCACACCGUCAGGUUCAAGAACGAGCUGGAGAGGAACAUCACCAUCAAGUUAGGAUAUGCAAACGCUAAGGUGUAUAAGCUGGACGACCCCAGCUGUCCCCGGCCAGAGUGCUACAGGUCGUGUGGCAGCAGCACUCCUGACGAGUUCCCCUCAGACAUCUCCGGCACCAAGGGCAACUUCAAACUGGUCAGACACGUGUCCUUUGUGGACUGUCCCGGUCACGACAUUUUGAUGGCCACCAUGUUGAACGGCGCCGCCGUCAUGGAUGCAGCCCUCCUGCUUAUCGCGGGUAACGAGUCGUGUCCUCAGCCUCAGACGUCCGAGCACCUGGCGGCCAUCGAGAUCAUGAAGCUGAAGCACAUCCUCAUCCUGCAGAACAAGAUCGACCUGGUGAAGGAGAGCCAGGCCAAAGAGCAGUACGAGCAGAUCCUCGCCUUCGUUCAGGGCACGGUGGCCGAGGGCGCUCCCAUCAUUCCAAUCUCCGCUCAGCUGAAGUACAACAUCGAGGUGGUUUGUGAGUACAUCGUGAAAAAGAUCCCAGUGCCCGUCCGAGACUUCAUCUCCGAGCCCAGACUCAUCG